AUGGGGAGAAGUAAGCUUCCGAUUAAGAAAAUCGAGAACACUACAAAUCGUCAGGUUACAUUCUCGAAACGACGAUAUGGUCUGAUAAAAAAAGCUUACGAAAUAGCUGUUCUCUGCGACAUCGAUUUAACGUUAAUCAUGCUCUCUCCGUCGGGUCGGCUCAGCCAUUUUUCUGGUAGGAAAAGAAUUGAGGAUGUGAUUUAUCGAUAUCUUAAUCUCUCUGAUCGGGAUAGGGGAGGACUUGUCCCAAAUAGAGAUCAAAUUAUGAACACUUUGAUAAAGAUAAAAAAUGAAAAGGAUGUUGCUGUGCAAAGUCCUGCAACUCCAGGUUCUGAUACUGAGGAGAUACAAAAAGAGAUCCAUGAGUUGCAAAAUCAACUGGAGAAGGGUGAAGAACAGCUCAGGAUUUUUGAGCCGGACUUCGACAAGAUUACAACAUUAGAAGAUUUCGAUUGGUGUGAAAUGCGACUCGUGGAGGCUUUGCGCCGCGUCACCCAAAGUAAGAGAAUUCUUUCAAGUAAAGUGGAUCAGCAGCAAUCAAGCUAUCAAGACACCAUACAGCAAAUAAACACAGUGGUCCAGUACAUUACUGAUGCACAAGCACAAGAAGAACAACCCUUACUUGAGACUGAAGACGAUAAUGGGAUUGAGUUAAACAAUGUGGAUCACUUGAAUUUUGGAUCUGAUGCAUGUUCUGGAACUAUAAGGGAGCAUGCAUCACCAACAAUUUAUGACUCCAUGUCCCAUACAAGUGGAAAUGAGAAUAAACAAAUCGCGGAAGGAUGCCAAAACGACAACCCUAACAUCGAUGCCUUUCAACAAUUCUACCCGCCAAAGGAUUACUAUACCUCUUUGCUACAAUCUGAAAGCUCAAUUUCCUUUGUCAAGGGCGUAAUGGAGGGUGCGCCGGAAGCCCUUACAGUAGCAGAUCAACAAGCCAUGCAAUUUUUGGCACCUGAGGGCCACCAGAUGCCAUCAAUUCAAGUGGAGGUGGUUGUUGGUUAUGUCCAGGAUCAGGUCCUCGAGGAACCACUCUCAACUGUUCUAUUAAGGAUAGUUCAAGCGGAGGUGAUUGCUGGUUAUGCCCAGGAUCUGGUCUACGAAGCACCACUCUCAACUGUUCUGGUAAGGAUAGUUCGAACGGAGGUGGUUAUUGGUUAUGCCCAGGAUCCGGCCCACGAGGCACCACUCUUAAUUGCUCAUUCAAUGAUAGUUCGAGCGGAAGUGGUUGCUGGUUAUGCCCAGGAUCUGGCCCACGAGGCACCACUCUCAACUGUUCUGGUGGUUGCUGGUUAUGCCCAGGAUCUGGCCCACGAGGCCCCACUCUCAACUGUUCUGGUAAGGAUAAUUCGAACAGAGGUGGUUGCUGGUUAUGCCCAGGAUCCGGCCCGCGAGGCACCACUCUUAAUUGCUCAUUCAAUGAUAGUUCGAGCGGAGGUGGUUGUUAGUUAUGCCCAGGAUCUGGCCCACGAGGCACCACUUUCAACUGUUCUGGUAAGGAUAAUUAGAACGGAGAUGGUUGCUGGUUAUGCCCAGGAUCUGACCCACGAGGCACCACUCUUAAUUGCUUAUUCAAGGAUAGCUCAAGUGGAGGCGUUUGCUGGUUAUGCUUCGGAUCUGGCCCGCGAGGCACUACUCUCAGUGGCUCCAUCAAGAGUUGUGCCGAUGGCCAUUGCUGUAGCUGGAAAACUUCUUUAUCAAUGGGCUCGUCUUGAAGGACAUAUGCAGAUUGAGAAACUGAAUGUGUACCGAUAA